GUAAAACUGAUAUGUGAAGCCGUCUCUUCUCUCCCUCUCUCUCCAUCCUCCAUCAAAGACGAUAUCAACAGCCCCUGUCACUCUCUCUCUAACUCUUCUUUCUUUAGUUAUUUCUCUCUCCAAACUUUUUUCCACAGAGGUCUACAGUACGGAAGACGUAUAAGAGAAGCUCUCAUGAAAGCCAAGAACCAGACCGUUUCUGGGUGGUUACUACGAUCGGAUCGUGGGCUCUAACGCCAUGAGAGAUCGUAGAAGACGUUCUACGGUUGUACCAUGGGCCAACAUCUUCUGGGUCAUCCUCUUCGCAGUCUUCUUCUACGGUUUCACUUUCUCCACUAUACGUCUCGUCUUCAGAGAAUCGUUUCGUCCGAAACUGGUCUCGUCAUGGCAAACUUCGGCGAUGAAUGUCAUCUCCGGCGAGUCUCCGGAGACUCCGACUACUAUCUCGGUUCGGGAAACGGUAUUAUUUCCGGACCAGGCACUGCUGUUCCUGAAAUACCCUCCGUCGACUCCAUUAAUUUCCAAGGAUGACAUCGACUGUGUUUACACUCCACCCAAUUCGUCUGAACCUCGUUUAAAGCUCUCACCGCUGUCUAUCGACGGUGAGUAUCUCGACCACCAGAUCGUACGGUGUCCGCUUCAGCCACGUGGCUUAACUGCUUCCGUUGCCUUGAAAUCGAACGGUCUGCUACUGGCAGGUCCCACACACCGUUGGGACUCGUUGGUUUAUGAAGCUAUGAUUGACCGCGACAAUACCACGAUUGUCUUCGCGAAAGGCCUCAAUCUACGGCCCGGAAGAGUCUACGACCCGUCAAAAUACGAGUGCGUGUACGGCUGGGAUUUCAGGAGACCCAGAUUAUUAUUACGAUCGGACGUCUUAUCGAUCGCCCAAGAGAUCCUACGGUGCAGAACCCCUCUGAGUAUAUUGAAUGGCCCACAAAAGGUCAAUAGUAAUUCCAUCAAAGUCUCUGUCAGGGUGAUUGGUAAAGGCAUAUUGCAUUCAAUAGCCCGGCCCGAGCGUCUCUUGGAGGCCGAACCAUCAGCCCAGAAGCAACACGAAAUGUGCAUAUGCACAAUGGUGCUCAAUCAGGCACGGUUCUUGCGGGAAUGGGUCAUGUACCAUGCCCAGAUCGGGGUCCAACGUUGGUUCAUCUACGACAAUAAUAGCAACGACGACCCUGAUAAUGUGAUAGAGUCAUUAGACAAUGCGAAUUUCAAUAUUACCCGGCAUGUGUGGCCUUGGAUCAAGACCCAAGAAGCCGGGUUUGCCCACUGUGCCCUACGGGCUAGGGACUGUUGUGAAUGGGUUGGAUUUGUUGAUGUAGAUGAGUUCCUACAUUUGCCUACAGGAUUGCCAUUGCACAAUGUUCUUAGGAAUCAGUCGAGCGAGGUAGGCGAAUUACGGGCCUCGUGCCACAGCUUUGGCCCAUCGGGCCUCACACGGCCCCCGGAACAUGGUGUGAUGGUCGGGUACACGUGUCGGAUGAGGGGGUUCGAGAGGCACAAGAGUAUAGUGAGGCCUGAGGCAUUGAACUCAACAUUGGUGAAUUUGGUGCACCAUUUUCACUUAAGGGCUGGUUUUGAGUAUGCAAAUAUGGAUGCAAAUGUGUUGGUGAUAAAUCACUAUAAGUAUCAAGUAUGGCAAGUGUUCAAAGAGAAAUUCUAUAGGAGGGUAGCUACAUAUGUGGUUGAUUGGCAAGAAGAGGAAAAUGUAGGGUCUAAGGAUCGAGCCCCGGGUUUGGGGACUCAAGCAGUGGAACCACCAGACUGGUCAACCCGGUUUUGUGAGGUCAUGGACACCGGCCUGAGGGACAGGGUUCUCCACAUGUUUGCCUACCACCAAACCCACAUUUUACCGUGGCAAGAGCAUUAGGAUGAGCGAGCCCCAAAAAUGGUGAGUGAAGAACCAAAACAGAGCCCCCCCAAAUCAAAAGACGCUCCAAAACAAGCAGAUCGAACAGGAAAUGGCGAAAAAGUUGACAGCAUGUUCAGCCCUAGAUUCAAAUCCGUGGCUGCAAUGGCCGGUUGGGAUGAAGAGGCGCUUCUAAUCGCCAGUCUUGUUGUUGAAGACACACCCGAUAGAGAGUUCAAGCAAAAGAAACGCUCUGAUCCGCUGUUCAAGACCCCACCCACAAAUUCAAGAAGGAAACGAAGGGCUCAGAGGAGGAGUCCUGUUUCGAUACCUGUGGCUGUUCUCAACCUUGAUGAAGAUGAAACAAUUGCAAGAGAAGAGAGUGAAAACAAGAAGCCAGAAUUGAAAAUUAAUAAUGAGAAUGAAGAGAAGAAAAUAGAAGAUGAUAAAUCCACUGCACAAAGCUCAGGUGUUUCUUCCUUGAGUUCGAGUAUCCCAUGCUUGGAUCGACUUCGUGAGGAGCUUUCUUGUGCGAUUUGUUUGGAAAUUUGCUUUGAACCUAGUACUACUACUUGUGGACACAGUUUUUGCAAGAAAUGUUUGCGAUCCGCGGCUGACAAGUGUGGCAAGCGAUGCCCAAAGUGUAGGCAGCUAAUUAGCAAUGGAAGGUCUUGCACAGUGAACACGGUUCUAUGGAACACAAUACAGCUGCUGUUUCCCCAGGAGGUCGAAGCAAGGAAGGCAUCUGGAGCCUUAAAUAGUCGAGAAGCCAAGCGUCGAAGCCCGACAAGAGCUAGCAAUUAUAAUGUCCGUAGCCGGAGUAUUCAAGCCUUAGGUAGUUCAGAGGCCGAGGGUCGGAGCCUGGAAAGAGUUAAUAAUCAUAAUACGAGGAAUAGAAGUGUCCAGCCUUCGUCUGAAAUAUCGAGCAGAAGAGAUUUGGAUGUGAUGAGGAGGAGAAGAGGGGUGCCAAUUCAAGAUGAGGAUGCUGCAUUGGCUUUGAGAUUGCAGAGAGAAGAGUUUAUGGAUGCUUUUAGGGUAUCAGAUGAGCCAUCAUCAUAUAGAAGCUCUGUUCCUUUGGCCAGAGCAAACUUGAGAGCAAUGGCAUCUAGAGCCAUUAAUAUUCGCCUUAGAGGCCGUCCAACAUAGUCUAAUGCACGCAUUUCAGUUUCUGCGAUGCUCCGAGGAAAGUCAUCUACUCUGUUCAGCUUUUGGUUCCAUGACUAUGUCAUCUUCAUUUUUUUAAUUCUUGUGGAAAUUAUCAAAUAUUUCCUAAAGUCUGUUAAGUGUAUACAUAAGGGUAAUCCUACCAAGUGAUUUAAAUGCUCUUUUUUUAAAAAAAUGUAUUCUUUUUUUCAUUUGGAUUAGAUUGAAAUCUGUUAAGGAUUUAUAAAGUAACAUUUUCAUUUCUAUGAAGACUUUGGAACAGAGAGAGAGACAAAUCAAGGCUCUGAAACAGCUUCCGACUGAUUUGUGAAAACCGUUUGGGUUUAGAGGCAUGCCACUAUCAAGCAGAAGUCAA